AUGCCCACAGACGAGAACAACGAUGAUGAUGUCUCACUCUUUGACGCGGAAGAGGACGCCGGCCAAAGAUUGUCAAAGAAGACAAACAUUAAGCACCCGGUGGCGUCCUUCUUCCACCUUUUCUUCAGAGUCAGCGCCAUCUUGGUUUACCUUCUCUGCGAGAAGGUCGGCAAUGGCUUCAUCGGCGGCACGGUGGCUGUCAUCCUGCUGCUCUCCUGCGACUUCUGGACCGUCAAGAACAUCACGGGCCGGCUGCUGGUGGCAUUGAGGUGGUGGAACCAAGUGGACGAGGACGGGCAAAGUCGCUGGGUCUUCGAGUCGCGCAAGGGGACCGGGAGAGUGCAAAGCUCCGAUUCAGAGGCUCGCAUCUUCUGGCUGGGUCUGAUCGUAUGUCCGCUCAUUUGGGUGGUGUUUGCUUUCAGCACCCUCUUUCAGUUCAACAUUAAGUGGCUGCCGGUGGUGCUGAUGGGCCUAGUGCUGCAAGGAGCCAACUUGUAUGGAUACGUGCGCUGUAAAGUGGGAGGGAAGACCGACUUGAAAAAUAUGGCCACAAACUACUUUGGCAGGCAGUUUCUCAAACAGACGCUGUCCAAAGAGGAGGAAUCUUAA